GUAAUAUGAACGCGUAAAUAAAUUAUUACCUUGAAUUAAUAAUCUGGUCGGAAAUUUCUAUUACAAUAGCCAUAAGCUGUUAUUUGUAGUUGGAUUCUACAUAUAUUCAACUAUAUUUUACUUGAGUUAAAACAGUCUGAAAAUUGGACUCCAGACUUGAGUUCUAAUCGAAGUUUUUUUUUCAUUGUUUCAAGAGCUAGCUGCCGAUUAAUGAGCCAGAAGGAUUCUUAAAGUUGUUUGAUAAAAGUAAAAAACCGAUGAAUCUAAGAAAACAUCUCUGCUUCACAACUUACUUCUUCAGCUACCUAGUAGGAUCAUCGUCUUGGAAGCCUGUCAAAACCAACAGCGUACUUCGGUUUAUUACCUUUCAAAAUGUCAUCCCAGCAGUAAUAAGAAACAUGAUAUUUGGAACGAUCUUUCUUUCUUGCACAUUUUGGAGAUUGAAGUUGUUUGUUUUACAUGUAAACAUAAUCAGAAGCGUCUUCAUAUUAUGUACACUGUCAGUUCCGUUUAUUGUACUUUUGAACAGCACUCUGGUCUUGAUGUACAGACUGGUUCAUACUAACAUGUUGAACAAGUUGAUAUUCAUGAUUGAGGGCUCGAGUAGUAAAAAAUGUGCAGAUGUUUUUGAAAGGAACUUCCACAUAAUACAGAUUCUUUCAAUAAUUGUAGUAUUUGCUUCUUUGGCUACCUUGGAUUUUUCAAGAAAUGCUCUUGAGGAUCUAUUUAGUUACACUUUUUUUGAAUGCCUCUUACUCUGGACAGUCCUUGAUAAAAUCAACAUUUUGCUGCUGACCUUAAAACUUUUAAAAAACCUCACUGAAAAUACGAAAAAGAGUGACUUACUGACUGUUGUGGAAUCAUGCAAGCAACACUUGAAGAUAAAAGGUAUGAUGAAACUCUAUGGUACUAUCAAUAGAUGGUUCUUUCUGUGCCUUAGCGUCUACGCAUUUGUAUGGGUGACUUAUAACUUGCACAAGUUCAUUGUUUUGCAUUUUUUCGACUACAAAAAAUUUCCCACAAGGAGUUUUACGAUAUCUGCGAUAUCAACCUGGCUGUGGACAUCUCUUCAAUUGUUUCAUCUGGCAUCUAUCAUACUCACCUAUCAUAAGAUCUCUGAAGCAGAUGAAAUAUUUAGAAGUUCUGUAAGGGACACCUUCACCAAACUGGAUUUAUCGGAAAAAUACAGUAACAUAUACGUAAUUCGUAAAAUUGAAAUUUACUUCAAGCGCACACCAACUACUUACCAAGCCGUUAUGCUAAGCUUGGAACCUCAUUUAUUACUGAAGAUUAUUGGAACAUGUAUCACCUAUUUGCUGAUACUGGCUACUUUUGAAGCAAACUCUAAGUAAUCCAUAUUUUUGUCCCAAAAAAUAUUGUUCUGUGGAAACUUGAUAAAUGGCACCGAUAAACUACUUUGUGAACUGCAACUUUGAUAAUUCUUUACAAUGAUUUCCGACGUACUGGUCUUCUUGGAUGACCACCAAUUCAUAGUCAAUCUACUUUGCCCCCUGGUGAUAUUCAUAUUACGUUAACUGGUGGUUGCCUACAACUUGAGAUUUUUAUCAGUAAUGAAGUGAUGGCUAACAAAGCAGCUUAGGGGGAACAGCAGGAAUAAGCACACUCACCCUAUGGAAACGUUCAACUUGUGAUAUAAAACUUUGUAAUCAUUCACAAUAAAGGUCUUCUUAUUGAAUUAUAUCACAUAA